GUCAAAUCUGGCCCCCUCGUCCACCUCGCCCGUUUGAAUGGUGGAAUUUCUGGAUGACCUUCAGAACCCUCAAGCUUGCAGCUGCAGACAACGACUUCUCGCAGAACUCCAGGCUGAACGACAGGAACUCCAAGAGGAUGGGCUUCACUUGUUUGAGACCGCGCGCUUGACCCGGUUUUUGCAGGGCAACAAUGGUUCGGCCGAAGAGGCCGCAAACCACUUCCGGCGCAUGCUGGAGUGGUACCGGAAGGCGGACAUGAACAAAAAGCGCCUGGUGCUGGAAGGUCAAGCCUGGAACGUGGAUUGCGUGGAGGGCGGUCGAAAGCUCUUUGAGAUGAUGUGCAUCGAUGCCACGCGCCAAAGUCCUGAUGGAACCAUGCUUUGGAUCCAAAGAGAUGGUUUGGUCCAAAUUGAUGAGAUCAUGGCUGUGACCGACGAGGACUUGGUCCAUCGGAUGAGUCUGAUCUGUGAACUUCGAGAGAUGCACCUGGACAGAUGCAGCGAGGAAUCACAGCGCCUGGUGAAGUUCGUUCAGGUCCGCGAUCUCACGGGGUUAAACAUCUCCGCAGUGGUGCGAAACCGUGCCGUGAUGAAACGUCUUGCAGACGUCUUUAAGAUCAUCAGUACAGCCUAUCCUGAGACCUUGUCCAAAAUGAUUAUUGUGAAUCCACCUGCUGGAUUCAACAUGCUCUGGAUGGCUGUACAGCCAAUGCUGAACCAACGAAUCAAGCAGAAGUUCGUCUUCAUCCCUGACGGGCCCUUCGAAUUUCCUCAGAAACUGGCGGCCAUGACGGGCACCUCUGCGUUACAAGCGCUCGCAGACCUCGGAGAGAGGGAUGCGUCCAUGGAUUGGCCUCCGGGGAGGUCCAGUUUUCAGUACCGCGUGCUUUCCCCAGGGUGCAAAGCACAAUGGUCCUUUGAAGUGCAGCCCCCCGGGUGCUACCUGCAGCUGCAGGUGAUUUUUUUCGAGGAGGUCGAGGAUGGCCGACCCAGUCCUGUGACCCAUGAAGUCUUCCCAAUGCAAGGGGUGACAGGUGCCGUUUCUGGCCAUUGUGGACCGUUGGGCGUUUCUGGACUCCUAUGGUUCACCUGGAGCAAUGACAGUUGGACCUCCACCAUGAAGAUCGCCGAUUUGAAGAUCACGGUGGAUAGCUCUGGGGAGGAUGAGCUGGUGCGCAAUCCUUCGUCGUCCUCUGUGCUGAUGCAGAAGCGACAGCGGGGCGCUGCAAGUGUGGGGGCUGGUUCCCUGCUGAGCCUCAGCUGCUGCCUGCCCUGGUUUUGGGAGACCGAGACUGAGGAGGACUUCGGAGAGUCAUCGCAGGUGCUGCGGCACCACCGGCUGCGGCAUCACUUCGACAGUCCCAGGGUUGUGAGGGAAGAGAAGCCAACACCGGCGGAAGAGCCGCCCGAGGAAUGUGGCUGGGAAGGCGGCCUUGGCUCCCAAGCCUUCGCUCAGCUGAUGAUGCGCCUGGCUGCGCUGGUGCUGGUCAUCGCCACGGCGCAGACGUGUCGGAAGUACGUCAGUCUGGUGCAGGCCAGUUUUUUCGAAAAAACGCCAUGGUGAGAGCUCAAAAACGGGGCAAGCACUGGACCUUGGUGGCCCGGCUCAGUACUCUGGC